AUGCCAACACCAAGCACUGAAAUUAUGUAUGAUAAGAGCGGAGUCGAUAUUACUGAAUAUUACGAUUCGCCACAAGAAUUGGAUGCAAAAAUUGAACAAUUAGCUAAUUUGAUCCAUUCAUCCAAACAUAUUGUGUUUUAUACAGGUGCUGGAAUUAGUACCUCCGCAGGCAUCAGUGAUUUUAGAGGUCCGAAAGGAGUUUGGACAUUGAAAGAAAAAGGGCUAAAGACGGAAAGAACUCCUUCAUAUCUUUCUGUUCCAACACCCACACACAUGGCAAUUUCGUACUUGUACAAUCAGGGAAAGAUUCAAUAUGUGACCUCUCAAAACACCGAUGGACUUCAUGUGAAGAGUGGAAUUAAGAGAGGUGAUAUGAGCGAACUUCAUGGUAACACAAACGUUGAACUUUGUAAAACAUGUCAUACCGAAUAUUUGAGACCAUUUAGAUGUCGAAAUGCACACGACGUGCAUGAUCACAGAACAGGAAGAAAAUGUGAAAAGUGUGGAAGUGAGUUGGAAGAUUCCAUUAUUAAUUUUGGUGAAAAUCUUCCUGUGGAUCAACUCGAUAGAGCAGAUCUAAAUGCAAGAAAGGCUGACUUGGCAAUUGUUAUGGGCACAAGUCUAAGAGUGAGUCCUGCCUGCGAUUUGCCUCAAUUGUGUAAGAAGAAGAAUGGAAAGCUGAUCAUUGUCAAUUUACAAAAAACUCCAAAAGACAAGUAUGCAGACAAUAGAAUUUUCGCCAAAACAGAUACAGUGAUAAACAAGCUCAUGGACAAGUUAGGUUAUACUAUACCACCCUAUAUUUUGAACUGUGAAUAUACCUUACAAGCAGUUGAAAUUGGAACUGGAAAAUCCAGAAAAGUAAGUGUGGUGUUGUCCUCUCCUCAGGCAGGCGCCAACUUGCUCUCUUCUACCUUGUGGAGUGUCAUACUUGAGAACGCAAAGAUCUUGGAGUAUAAGGAUGCUUCUCAAAUUGUAGAGUUACCCACUGGAUCUCGCAAAGUAGCUGUAUUGUUAAAGUUUAGAUUACCCCUAAAAGAAGGAGUGGAGGCUGAAACUGUUAUUGAGAUGAAUAUUCCACCUCGGCAAGCAAACCUUUCAAAAACAUUCCACAUCUCUGUGAACACCAAUACCAAUGACGUUACCUGUAAAUAA